CCUCCACAACACACUCCGUGCACACCCCUAUCUCCCCCACAUACACACUCAUACACACUCCACUCCCUGUACACACAUCAGGAAUGACCUCCUUUGUCCUGUGCGCAGGUACCUACACCCACAAGCUGUUUGGCUACGAGGUGCUGGUCGAAGCUGACAUGAGUGUCAGUCAUCUGACCAUCUUUGGUGCGGAACCGCACACGGCAUCCGUCCGGGUGGUGGCGUUCUCAGAGACCGGCAAGCACAUGGUGUCCGGCGCCGCCGACGACUCGGUCCAGCUGUUUGACAUGGUCAAGAUGCGCGAGCGCGGCUCGCUGCUGGAACACUCGGGCGCGGUCGACGAUCUGGCGUUCUUUGGCGACGGGUACAUGGUGACGGCGUCGGCAGACACGACGUUGUGCCUGUGGCGGACGCGGGACUGGGCGCGGAUCAAGGCGCUGCGUGGACACAAGGCCGGCGUGCGGCGAGUUGCUGUGCAUCCCUCGGGCCGGCUCGCCAUUUCGGUCGAUGCCGCCGGCGGGCUCAAGAUGUGGAACUUGCUCACCGGGCGUGCCCAGUUCUCGACCCGCAGCAUGGCUGAACCGCGUGCGCUGGCGUGGGCACCGUCCGGCUUGGCGUACCUCGUCGCCGACCGCGCCGCGCUCCGCGUCGUCUCGGCCGAGGACGGCGCCGAGAUUGGCUCGUACGAUACGCCGCCGCGCGCCGCGCUCUCCGACGCCGUCUGGCUCAACGACACGUAUAUCGCGGUUGCUCUCGACUCGGGACUGGUCACCAUCUACGACGUCGCCGCCGGCGAGCCGAUCCACGAGCUCGAAGCGCCGACCACGGCGCGCGUCCGCUCGCUCGCCGUCUUCCGCCCGCCGCACGCCGCCGCGCACGACUUUGACGGUCUCGUCGCCUUUCUCGCCUCGGCCUCAUCCGACGGCACCAUGGCCAUCUGGGCCAUCGGCACGCCCGACGACAACUUUGCCGCCGCCCACAUCGGCACCAUCGACUCGGGCGCCCGUCUCACCACCGUCGCCGUCGGCCCGGUCAGUGCCACGCGCGCCAAGCCCGAGGUCGAGGUCGAGGCCGAGGCCGAAGCUGUCGCCAUCACCGAGGACAUCGACCAUGACGACGUCGUGUUUGACGAGGAGGACGACGAGGAGCCGGCGCAGAAGAAGGCCAAGACCACCGGCGGCAAGGGUAAGGCCAAGGCCAAGGCCAAGGCCAAGGGUAAGGCCAAGGGUAAGGCCAAGGCCCCGGCUGAGGUCGAGGUUGUUGCCAAGGCCAAGACCAAGGGCAAGGGCAAGACCAAAAGCAAGAAGGCCAAGGCCGGAUCGAAGCGCCGGCGCGAGUAAAGCAGUGAUCAGUGGG